GGUGGUUUCACCAGGGCCAGCGCUGGUUGCGGUGAUGGGAUCUUAUUUGCUAAUAACGAAAAGGCAACGAUGCAGAACCUCAAUGACCGCUUGGCCUCCUACCUGGACAAGGUGCGACUCCUGGAGGGAGACAAUGCUGACCUUGAGUGCAAGAUCAGAGAGUGGUAUGCCAAGGUAGGGCCCAGCUGCGAACCACGGGACUACAGCUGUUUUCAUAAGGAAAUCGAAGACCUUCAAAACCAGAUCCUGUGUGCAGCCAUGGAGACUAACAAAAUCCUUCUGAAUAUUGAUAACAACAGGAUGACUGCUGAUGACUUCCGAGUGAAGUACGAGACUGAAUGUGGUCUCCGGCAAAAUGUAGAUACAGACAUUUGCAACUUACGCCCAGUCCUGGAUCAGCUGGCCAGCUGCAAGACCGACCUGCAGCUGCAGUGUGAGGCUUUGACUGAAGAGAUGUGUUGUCUCAAGACGAACCAUGAGGAGGAAAUGAACUGUCUGAGGAAACAGGCGACCGGAGAUGUGAGCGUGGAGGUCAAUGCCUGUCCUGGCCCAGACCUGAGGAAGAUCCUGGAGGAUCUGAGGUGCCAGUACGAAACGCUGAUGGAGCGCAACCGCAAAGAGACUGAGCAGUGGUAUGCCUGCAAGGUGGAGGAGGUGAAUCUGGAGGUCAUCACAAGCAGCCAGGAGAUCGAGUCAAGCAACAAACAGGUCACUGAGCUGAGACGUCAGCUGCAGGCCUUGGAAAUCAAUGUACAAGCCCAGCUCACCAUGAAAGAAAACCUGGAAUCCUCUUUGGCGGAAACUGAAUGUCGCUACAACAAAUACCUGGCUGAGCUACAGAAUCAGAUCUCCUGCGUGGAGCAGCGCCUGGCUGAAAUACGAGCAGAAAUGGAGUGCCAGAACCAGGAAUACAAGACCCUCCUGGAUGUCAAAUGCCGUUUGGAGCAGGAGAUUCAGACCUACCACUGCCUGCUGGAGGGGGGACAGCACGACAUCAUGUACGCAGACUACAGACAGACCCGGGCACUGUAAAAUCUCUAUGCUUUGACUCACAGGGAUAUGAAAAUUUGUGAUACAAAUGGUAAAAGCAACAC